UUGGACCUCCACAGUGUUACAAACUGAAAGGAUUAAUAUAAGUCAAUAGACCUAUUCUUAUUAGUGAAGACUCGAGUCUCGUUUGAAGGCCGUUCCUAUCAAGGUCAGUCAACCGAUAAUGACGGACAGUAAAUCAGCUGGUUUUCGGUUGCCAGAUAUUUGGGAUGAUGAUGAUGCUAUGUAUUCGCUUAUGCAACCUAUACGACGCUCAAAGGUUAUUGAUCCAGUCAAUUAUAAUGCUAAGAUCACAUUUUGGAAAAGGAUAUUACUAUCCUAUGCAAAAGAUCACAAGGCAUUUGUAAUAUGUAAACAAUCACUUCAAAAGCUAUUUACUCGACACUUCCCCGUUGAAGGCAUAGAUUUGUAUCCUCAAUCACUUGGAGAGGUUAUUUCUGAUUUGGUGUCAGAAGGUGUACUAGAACCAGUAAUUCCAAACAGAAGUAUCUUGGGCAAUAUUUUUACGGCCUUCUCGUAUGUUGUACACAAGCCAAUAUCAUGGGCAUAUCACUACUUAAAUGGUCAGCCAUCAUCUAAUCCAUUGGAGACUGAUACAUCGGAUCAGCAGUUUGUGUUCAGUCAGUUCGCUGAAAAUUCCGCUAUGGAAUUUUUGUCUUGGUUUCAUGACAAUUACCGUGACCAGAGGUUAUUACCACAUUCAGCUGUGUAUGAUAUAGAGCUUUUCAACUCAGCCUUGUCAAACUUUUAUUCCCAUGCGGCCACUCGUGAAUACAUAUUUUAUUUAUUGAGUAAUAUCAAACACUGCGUUUCUGUGGAAACCACAUCUACUUCAGAUUCCCAACCGAUUCAGAUUAUUCGCGUUGGUGAAGAUAUUAAUAGCCGGCCGAACAAACCAACUAAUUCAGACGCUGCAAAAAUAGAAUCUUCUGCACUGAGUGGAAUUGUUCAACUCAAAUCUACUAUUAAACAACUUGAAAAUGAAGAGAAAAGAUUGGAAACCGUUAUAGAACAGCGUCGAAACCAUAUCAAGUCCUUAUUGUCAGAUAAAAGCUUCUGUCUUGACAUGGUGGUAGGGCUUGCUUAUCGUGAUGACUCAACCGAGUUGUAUUGGCUGGAACACGCGUUCCUACCGUUCCAGGUAAGUCUGUUGGAAAGUAGCAAUAGUAAGAGCAACAAGUUAAGGCCCGAAGGCGAAGUCCAUGACGUCAGUGACGAUUGAACUGAGCCAUGUUCAUAGGUUCUUGUUUCACUAAUUUAUAUUUUCUCGAAUCAUACCUUCGAUGCCUAACCUUGAAUACCACUCAUACAGUUACUAUCUCUACUAUUCUGGGAUUCGGCCUGACCAUUUCAUCUCGGUGUGCUAGUGGGUUAUGACAACUUGAACCGAUGUACAUGCAUACCAAGUUAUAUGUUAUUAGUCAACCACAUACUCAUUGCUAACUUAUUAGAAUUAUAGCUAUUAGACGACAUUUUUUAAUUGUUUAAAUAGUCCUUUGCAUUUGCGAAUAUGUUUUUGACCUUACGUUGUCUCUUGGUAACAGGAAUUCAGAAGCUAAAUCUCUAUUACGUCGUACGAAGGUGUUAGAAAAAUCUCUAGAACAAAAGCAAUUACAACUUAAUAAUCUGGAGACAAUGUUGAUUGAUAUAGAAUCUGCAACAGAAAACAGGAAUAUUGUACUCGUUCUAAAUAGUGUUAAUGAAGCUCUCAGACAAGCUGUUGGAGGAUCUAAUGCUUUAAGUAAAGCAGAAGGUGUAAUGAAUGACGUAAUGGAUAGAAUUCAAGAAAGUCAAGAGAUCUCAGAUGUCGUUUCCAGUUUUGGACGUACCUCUUUUGGAUUGGAAGAUACGAGCGAUUUGGAACAAGAGCUUGACAAUUUCCUUGUUGGACCAAAGAAACCAUCACCUCCGGGAAAAACACAACCGAGCUUUGAUGAUUUAGAAUCUGAACUUGCUGCUCUUAAAUUAGUAACAGAUGAGGUAGCAUCAUUAACUGAUCAAAAUUCAUUAUCUUCUAAGCAAAACCCUGUCAUCAUUGAUAAGUGAAGGAUCUACUGCGAUGUAACCAUUGUUUCGAUUCCAUGCUAUUUCAGCAUAUCUAAUCUACACUCUUGAGCUUUCAUAUCAAAAUUCUAGUAUAAAACAUGAGGAGAAUAUGCGGAGUCUUUUGUAUUGAUUCAGAAAUCUAUCAUACAUGUAUGUAACUAAAUAUUUUCCAUAUUGUUUUUUCUUUUGUCUUUUUAAAUUAUAACAUUUUACAAUGAUAUACUUUGUUUUAUUUCAAUAACUCUAUAAUAACUGUCGAUAUUAUGUUAAACUAUAUUCUCUUCACUGGAUUACAACGUCUCUUAUAUGACAUCACAACAAACAUUAGAAAGAAUAACUGUCAUUUCCAAAAUCUUAAUAGUUGACGCUUUUCUGUUUAUGAUAUUUAUAUUCUAAGGAUAAACAUAUUUCUAACUAAAGACUAGUAAAGCAAAGAAAUAAGUGCCUUUUACUUGUUUUGUUUUACUAGAUCAUUAUCAAUUGACAUUUAUUCAAAUUGCACACUUCACUUCCUUUAGUGGAAGUUUACAUUUACGGAGUAUUUAUUUACUUUUUUUAGGUCAAGAUUUGGAAUCUCAACUACACUUAAUAGGCUCAUUUUAGAUACUAACAAUUGCUUUAUUCAAUAACGUAUACUUGGCAAAGUAAAGGAUUCUGUGUAUAAAAUAUUUCAAUUAUCCCCUCUGAAUCUGUAUUUUUAUUUGAAUGCAUAUGUUUAUAUAAGUUGCUCCUACAACGGUGCUUAACAGUUCUUUAUCUUAUAUUAGGAAGGUUUUCAGUUAGUUUCACUUUUAUAAUUUUAUCUGUCGCAUAAUAUAUAUCCUAGAUAUGUUAUUUUAGAACUUCUCUACAUACUUUUAGACGCAUAAAUGCCGAUCUACUUGCACUUUUUCCCGCCAUACAAUGGACAACGAGAAAUUUUUGAUUUAAGUGGACAGUUUCUGAUGAUUAGCACAACAAAAUUCAGUGAAAAAAGCAUUAAUAGUAAUGACUAAAUCUUGUAGUGUUUUGGGGUUAGUAGAAGUUUACUCUCAUUUCAUGACAUCCCCGAUAUUCAUUUAGUUUUGGUGGAUUUCUAAUCACUAUUUCAUUGUCACGUUUACAAAACUCACUCAAUGACUGACGACUAUUUCACUGAGUAAUCAAACAGAGGUUAGCAUUAAGCUAAGACCAUAAUGUAAAGUAGAUGCACUAAUCAACUGUCCAAGCUGAAUCAAGUGGAGCAUUUAUUUAUUUGAACACAUAAAU